AUGGCGGACUCGGAGGAAGCACCUCCGGAAGUGCAUCACUACGAGAGCCUUCAAGAAGUUCCGUGGGAUAUUCAGAAUUACUGGUCACAGCGGCACCGCAUCUUCUCCAAGUACGAUGACGGAGUAUGGCUGACAGACGAUGCCUGGUUUGGAGUCACUGCAGAACCAGUCGCCAACAAAAUAGCAGCACAUAUGGCAGAAGCGGCGCCUGACGGGCGCAGCAUCUUGAUUGACGCCUUUGCCGGUGCUGGUGGAAACAGUAUCGCCUUCGCAUUGACAGGCAAAUGGAAGAGAGUCUAUGCGAUUGAGAAAAACCCCGCUGUGCUGCAAUGCGCCAAGCACAACGCUAAGAUCUAUGGCGUCGACAAGAAAAUUACUUGGUUCGAGGGUGACUGCUUCGAAAUUCUCAAGAAUCAACUGAAGGAUUUGGCACCCUACAGUGUCAUUUUUGCAAGUCCUCCUUGGGGUGGCCCGGGAUACAGAUCUGAUAAAGUGUUCAAUCUCCGCACCAUGGAGCCAUACUCACUUGAGAAACUUUACACAGAGUAUUCGGCCUUCACUCCACACAUGGCCCUAUUUUUGCCUAGGACGUCAGAUGUGAAACAGCUGGCAAAAUUUGUCCCUGAUGAUCGCAAGGCAAUGGUGAUGCACUAUUGCAUGGAAGGCCACAGCAAGGCGCUAUGCAUUUAUUACGGCGAUUUUAAUGUACAAUAA